AUGGAGUCGCAGCUUAGUCCCGAACCGACGAUACGUCUGCGGCCGUCUUUGGAUGCUCCCAGAAUGCAUUACCGCAGCCGGCCGGUUUCCGUCGCCGUUGACCCCAUAUCGUUGGUCAUCUCCGAAUGCAUAUCAAUAACUUCCGCAAUUCAAAAGUACGCGAGGUCUCCCCACUCUUCAGUGUCUGCCAUACUCGGCGGAAACCCAAACGCUAUACGACUCGGCCCGGCUGGAAUAGCAACGAAGACACUGCACAAACCGUGGAGUGCGGACGCGGCGGCUGUUGACGGUCCGCAAGAGGCAGCAAUGGCGGCGAGUAAUCGAUGGGGCCUACGCGGAGAGAAGGGGAAGAGUAUGCAAGAUAACCCGAUGAUUGCGGCUUUUGGCAAAUUACGACACGAAAUCGCUACUAUCAAAGAUAUUCGCAACUUUGACGCGCCGACUUUGCUAGCUCCAUUCCUCCUCGUGAUUCAGGCCAAGGGAACAGCAGCAGCGAUUACUAUACUCGCUCUUGGAGCACUUAGGAAGUUCCUAGCCUAUGGAUUCGUUUGUGCCGAAUCGCCUCGAUUUGCCCUCGCGAUGCAAUCCCUCUCUGCGGCAGUGACACAUUGCCAGUUCGACAUCAGCGACUCUUCCCAGGGUGAAGUUGUGCUUCUUAUGAUAUUGAAUCUCAUGGAAGACAUGAUGUCUGGUCCAGGUGGGGAUAUUUUGAGCGAUGAAAGUGUUUGCGACAUGAUGGGUCGCGGAUUGGCAAUAUGCUCCCAACCAAGAUUCUCGGCUGUCUUGCGGAGGACUGCAGAAGCGGCGAUGGUGCGGAUGUGCCAAAUCAUCUUCGAGGAUGUCAAACACUUGGAACUUGACUCGUACAAGGACAACGAUGAUUUGGACCAUCGAGUUCAAGACGACAUGGCAGCCUUGAAGAACAACGAGACUACGGCUUUGGAACAUGGUCAAACAUCUCCAAACGCCGAGCGGGGAAGAAUUCAAGAAGAGAAUGAAACGCCUUCGUCUAGUCUGGAUAUCGACAUUCAAAGUAGCGCUCAUUCCAGCCUAAACGCAAAGGACGCUGCCGCUGACCGAACCGACGAAACAGAGUCUGUGGAUCUCAAGCCUUUCUCGCUUCCCUCUGUUCGGGAGCUCUUCAGGGUCCUUGUCAACUUUCUCGAUCCGAAUGAUCAUCAGCAUACUGACACGAUGAGGGUCAUGGCGAUGCGCAUCUUACAUGUUGCUCUGGAAGUUUCGGGGCCCUUCAUCUCCCGUCACCCAGCCCUCGCAACCAUUGCGGAGGAUCGUUUGUGUUGCUAUCUCUUCCAGCUGGUAAGGUCCGAUAACAUGGCUGUACUGCAAGAGUCUUUGAUUGUCACUGGCACGCUGUUAGCAACCUGUCGUGGUGUGCUAAAGCUUCAACAAGAGCUCUAUCUGUCUUACUUGGUUGCGUGCUUGCAUCCCACAGUCCAGAUCCCGCGCGAACCAGGGAUUGAUCCUUCGCUGUACGUCGGAAUUCCAGAAACCCCCAAAGUGGUGAAACCUCCGCCAUCGCAGUCUGGUAGCGGUCGUGCCACACCGGUAUCAGUCAAGGACAGGCAGAAGCUUGGCUUGGAAGGCGGUGCCCGCAAACCAGACGCCAGACAAGCCAUGGUUGAAACAAUAGGUGUUUUAUCGCGGAUGCCCACCUUUGUGGUUGAACUUUUUGUGAACUACGAUUGUGAUGUGGAUAGGUCGGAUAUCUGCGAAGACAUGAUCGGUCUAUUAUCUCGGAACGCUCUGCCCGACUCAGCAACCUGGAGCACAACUAGUGUACCGCCGCUCUGCCUCGAUGCUUUGCUUCGUUACGUGCAAUUCCUAGCCGAGAGGAUAGACGACGCACCAGUCUUUGAAAACUACCCAGACCCAGGCCAUCUGCGGGAGCAACGGCGAAAGAAAAAGAUCAUUGUCAAAGGGACCAGCAAAUUCAACGAAAAACCCAAACUCGGGCUUGGGUAUCUGGAGGCUCAGGGUAUCAUAUCUGAUGCGAACGACCCAAUCGAGGUGGCAAAGUUCCUCAAGGGAACUUCGAGAGCUUCCAAGACUGUGUUGGGAGACUUUCUCUCUAAAAGAGGAAAUGAAGCCAUUUUGAAAGCCUUCUUGGAUCUCUUCGACUUUUCAGGAAAGCGUGUCGAUGAGGCCCUGAGAACACUUCUUGAGACCUUUAGGUUACCUGGUGAAGCACCCCUCAUCGCUUCUAUCGUCGAAUGCUUUUCCGAAAAGUAUUGCGCAGACGACACACCAGAUGAUGUCGCCAACAAAGACGGAGUUUUCAUACUAACUUAUGCAAUCAUCAUUUUGAAUACCGAUCAACAUAACCCUAACCUCAAGUCCUCGAAAAGGAUGUCCUUUGAAGAUUUUUGCAGAAAUCUUCGCGGUCAAAACGACGGCAAGGACUUCUCAAUCGACUUUCUCCGUGCGAUUUUCGACUCAAUCAAGUCCAAUGAAAUUAUAUUGCCCGACGAACAUAACAAUAAACACGCUUUCGAUUACGCAUGGAGGGAACUUCUUCUGAAGACGGAGGCAGCGGGAGACCUCAUCCUUUGCAAUACCAACAUCUACGACGCAGACAUGUUCGCUGCCACGUGGAAACCUGUGGUUUCCACGCUAUCGUAUGUUUUCAUGUCUGCUUCGGAUGACGCAGUCUUUGCCAGGGUUGUGACGGGCUUCGACGAAUGUGCUCGAGUUGCGGUCAAAUAUGAAAACUCCGAGGCCCUGGACCAGAUUGUGUACUGUCUCAGUUACAUGAGCACUCUGGCCUCGACCAAUCUCUUCAGUACGUCUUUGAACACUGAAGUCCAGGUUGGGGACGGUAGCGUAAUGGUUAGCGAGCUCGCCGUAAAGUUGGGAAGAGACUUCCGCGCGCAACUGGCCACCCUUGUCCUGUUUCGCGUAAUCACGGGAAAUGAAGCCCUUCUACGCCGGGGAUGGAAACAGGUGGUACGAUUAUGGAUGAAUUUGUUUGUCAAUUGUCUCAUACCAUCAUUCGCAGCCGCAAAUGAUUUUUCCUUGACUAUACCGGGCAUUCCGCUGCAAACGCCUUCCCAGAUUAUAGAUCGAGCGGCUCGGACGAGUGAAACUGGCUUCUUCAGUGCAUUUACCUCGUACAUUUCGAGCUAUGCCGCCGACGACCCCCCUGAACCGUCGGAAGAAGAGUUGGAGAGCACGUUGUGUACCGUCGAUUGCAUCAAGUCGUGCAAUAUGGACCAGGUGUUUCGAAAUAUCUUGAACCUUCCCCUGGAUGCGUCUGCAGAGCUCGUAAAGACGCUCCUGGAUCAAAUUCCAGACGAUGAUCAGACAUCCCUGAUUACUGUCAACCAAGCUCCUCUACCAGCGCCUUCAGCAACCGCCGAACCGCAAGCACCUCGGCAACCCGCGUACGAUCCUUCCGUGGCGUACAUUCUGGAGUUUUGUUCUAGUAUCUCAAUGCGAGAUGAAGAAUCUGUCCAAUGCAUGGGAAAAGCCGUUUUCGACGCUGCCUUUGCCUUCCUUCGGGACCCUCUGAAGUGGCAUCCUCUCACCGUAUCGCGGGCCACGUUCCAUAGCCUUUCGAUACUGAAGCGCAGUUAUGACCAUGACUUCAUCAAAGUCCAUUCGUUACUUCACACGAUUGCCAACUUACCAUCACAGGUCCUUAGGAAAACGUCGAACGUUGUGUUGACCGGACUAGCCACGUGCACCAAUGCACCCGGUGCGUUGAGAAGCGAAAUGAUGAAAUCUCCGGAUUUCUGGGCGCUUCUUCGCGCACUUGCAGGAGAUGUGGACUCGGCGGCGUCAGUUUUUGGCAUCUUGGAAAGUGGUGCCGUCGGUAAUCCACCGGCCAUUAACGCGGACAACUACGAAGCGGCAAUCACUCUCUUGAAUUUCUUCGCGUCCGCUCCCACUAUUAUCGAACCUGGCAGUCCUAGAGUGGACGCCAGUCACCGCGGCGCUGGGCGACAGACGACAUCAAACCAACGUGGUGAUCAAGUCAUUGCAAGAGGAUGCAAAGCGAUCAAGACAUUACAGAGCAUGACGGCCCGUGUGCCACAACUCAUGCAGCAAUCACGUCUCGGUAGUAGCGAAGCCUGGUCAGCGUAUUGGCUACCUAUCUUCCAGGUGUUGACAGCACAAUGCACCAACCCAUGCAGAGAUAUCCGGCAGCUUGCGUUCUCUGCCAUGCAACGAUCGCUACUCUCCCCAGAACUGACCCAUACAGAAGCCAAGGAAUGGACGGCCAUCUUCAGCAGGGUGCUUUUCCCCCUCAUACACAGACUGCUAAAGCCAGAAGUCUUCUCAGCGGACCGUGAUGGGAUGGGAGAAAUGAGAGUGCAGGUCGCCUCGCUUCUCUGCAAGGUAUUCCUGCAGUACUUGGUUCUUCUUUCCGAAUGGGAUGGCAUGCUUGAUUUGUGGCUUGAUAUCAUUGACAUCAUGGACCGACUCAUGAAUAGCGGCCAAGGCGACAGCUUGGAGGAGGCCGUGAGAGAAAAUCUCAAGAACGUGGUGCUCUUCAUGUCUAGCAGUGGCUUCCUUGUUCCUUCAGCGCAGAACCCGUCGAAGCAGUCACUAUGGGAUGAGACGUGGAGACGAGUUGACCGGUUCUUGCCGGAACUGCGCAGCGACCUCGCCUCGGAAGGGCUGGAUCAACCUUUGCCCACGGAGACGCCAGCUGAAAACACGGAGGAAGGACAAGGACCUCAUGAUCCGGCCCAGGCGGCUGAGGCAGUGGUCGGGGAGAAGAAAACGGAGGCACCUGUGCUCGCUGAGAAUUGA